UCCCUCACAUUUAAUCAAUUUUACCAAAUGCUUGAUCAUUUCAUCAAAAGAUAGCCUGGCAUCUAUAUAGGUUUUUUAUAACUUCAUACCAUUUACAUUUACUUAAACUAUAAAAACUAAUUAGUUCCUAUGCCUAAACUGCCCCAAGGGCUCAUAAUUUCAAUACAAAAAGAACAUUAAAUUUUGAACCACCAUUGUCUUUAUUACCAACCAAAGGUUAAUCAAAUUACCAUGGGAAACUCUCUUCAAAAACCAGACCAAAACCCACAACAACAAGAAGAAGAAGAAGAAGAAGAAGAAGAAGAAGAAGAAGAAAGAGAUGAACAAAACAAUAAUAAUUCUAUCUUCACAUGUGAGAUCUGCAUAGAACCCAUGUUAGAAACCCAGAAGUUCACCAACAGAAACCAUUGUAGACACCCAUUUUGCCUGGAUUGCAUGGCUAAAUACAUAGAAAUAAAGCUACAAGACAAAACACCAAACAUAGCCUGUCCUGGUCUGAACUGUGGGAACCAACUAGACCCUAGUUCUUGCAAGGAAAUUAUCUCACCAACCCUAUUUGUGACAUGGUGUGAUCUUCUCUGUGAUGGGUUAGUUUCUUGGUCUGAUUCACGUUUUUGCCCUAAUAAAGAUUGCAGAGAAUUGGUGGUGAAUGAAUGUGGAGGAGAGGUGAAGGAAGCAAGAUGUCCAAAUUGUAAAGAACUGUUUUGUUUUCAGUGCAAGAUUAGGUGGGUUGAUGGUCAUGGAUGCCAUGAGACAAGUGAUGAGCAAAAUUUAAGAGAUAGAAAUGAUUUGCUUUUUAAAGAGCUUAUUGAGAAGAAGAGAUGGGUUCAGUGUCCUGGUUGUGGUCACUGUGUCGAACGUCUUCGUGGAUGUUUUCAGAUUAAAUGCAGAUGCUUGACACGUUUUUGCUAUAAUUGUGGGAAAAAAUUAUCAAACGGCACGUGUGACUGCAAUUUUGAAGGUGGAAAUGUUGAUGAUGAUGAUGAUGAUGAUAUAGGUAGAUAUGUAUACUUAGGUUUAAUGCUUCUUGCUACACUUAUAUAUGUUCCAUUAGUACUAUAUAUGUAUCGUCAUAAUCUUGAAUCCCAACUCUGAAAAUAUAUAAUAGGAACUUAUGUACAUUUGGGUUGAUUUGGACUUUACCUAAA